AUGUUUGACCCCGGCGUUUUGGAUGUGCCGGCUGUAAUCUUUGACAAUGGGUCCGGGUUAUUCAAAGCAGGUAUCGCAGGUGACAGCAGCCCAAGGUCUGUCUUUACAGCAAUUGUUGGUCGCUCAAAAGUCAAAGCUACGAUGCUGGGAGCGGGACAGAAAGAAUGUUACAUUGGCGAAGAAGCUCAGUCCAAAAGAGGGAUCCUGUCUUUGAAUUAUCCAAUUGACCAUGGCAUAGUUACCUGCUGGGAUGAUAUGGAAAGGAUCUGGAGACACGUCUAUGACUAUGAGCUGAGAAUCAAAGCCAGCGAAAGGCCGGUGCUGCUGACUGAAGCCCCCCUCAACCCUCUGCAGAACCGGGAAAAAAUGACAGAGAUCAUGUUCGAAGGCUUCAUGGUGCCAGCUAUGUACGUUGCAGUCCAGGCAACUCUGGCACUCUACGCGUCGGCCCGUAUUACUGGAAUAGUCAUGGACAGCGGGGAUGGUGUUACCCACACUGUCCCCAUAUAUGAAGGAUACUGUUUAUCCCAUGCUGUCUCCAGGCUGGAUAUUGCUGGCCGGGAUAUCACCGAAUAUUUUAUGAAGCUUCUUUUGGAGAGUGGACACACUUUUGUUAGCACAGCUGAAAGGGAAAUUGUGAGAGAUAUCAAAGAGAAGUUGUGCUACGUAGCCUUAGACCCCGUCCAAGAAAUGAAAGCAAGGCCAGAAGAAAUCAUGAAAGAAUACAGAUUGCCUGACAGCAAUAUCAUCCAGAUAGGCAACCAGCUCUUUCGUGCACCAGAGACCCUUUUCGUGCCUGCAAACAUUGGAGUUGAAGCUCCCGGCGUGCACAAAAUGAUCUUCAACAGCAUCAUGAAGUGCGACAUCGACGUGCGCAGGAAUCUUUACGGCAACAUCCUGCUCUCGGGUGGGUCUACGCUCUUUCCUGGCCUGGAGGAACGGAUCCUGAAGGAGAUGAAGCUGCAAGUGCCCGCUGGCAUGUUUGUGAGGAUCAUCGCACCCCCUGAGAGAAAAUACUGCGUGUGGAUUGGGGCCUCCAUCCUCACCUGCCUGACGUCUUUCAAACAAAUGUGGGUCACCAUGAGCGAUUACAAGGAUUUUGGGGCAGCUGUCAUUCACCGAAAAUGCUUUUGAGGAGAACGUCAGACCAAGAGAAUGGCUUGGACGGCACCCAUCCUGCCCAGGAUGUCCGACUUGGCGGCAGCAGGGACCCGCGCGGUGAUUUUUGACAUCGGCUCUGGACAGUGCAAGGCUGGUCUGUCAGGGGAACAGGCGCCCCGUUCGGUUAUAUCUACUGUUGUGGGAUACCCCAAAUUCAAACUUGUCAUGUUUGGGGUGAGACAUAAAGACUGCUAUAUCGGGGAGGAAGCCCAGUCUAAAAGGGGCAUUUUGUCUUUCACUUACCCGAUGGAAAAUGGGGUAGUUACGUCCUGGGACGACAUGGAGAAGAUUUGGAGAUAUCUGUACGAACAAGAACUCAAAAUGAAACCGAGUGAGAGGCCAGCCCUGCUGACCGAGACCGCUCUCAAUCCUUUGUGGCAUCGAGAAAAAAUGGCUGAGACGAUGUUCGAAAGCUUCCAGGUGCCUGCCCUUUUCGUGACUCUGCAGGCGCUAACAGCCCUGUACGCCUCUGCCCGCACAACCGGACUGGUCCUGGACAGUGGCGAUGGUGUCACCGUCACGGUCCCCGUCUACAAAGGCUGUUACCUGCUACACGGCAUUACCAGACGGGAUUUUGCAGGCAAAGGUGUAACCAAAUACCUUGCUAGGCUCCUCUCGGAGGCAGGGCAGUCCUUCGUAAGCACGGCAGAGAGAGAAAUUGUCAGGGAUAUGAAGGAGAAGCUGUGCUAUGUUGCUUUAGAUCCUAGCCAAAAUAUGCAGGAAAAGCCUGAAAAACUUACGUGCGAGUACAUUCUCCCUGACGGAAGGCCUGUCAAGGUAGGAGACCAGCUAUUCCGAGCUCCUGAAACGCUUUUUGUGCCCGCAGAGGCAGAAAUCCCAGGGCCAGGGGUUGGGAGGAUGGUCCUCCAGAGCGUCGCCAAGUGUCGUGAGCAUAUCCAGCCCGACAUGCUAAGGAACGUGCUGCUAUCGGGCGGAUCGACUCUUUUCCGAGGUUUCAAGGAGAGGCUUCUGAAGGAGCUCCAGACAGGAAUUCCCAGCACAACUCCUGUCAAGAUCAUCUCACCACAAGAUCGGAUGCACUCUGUGUGGAUCGGUGCUUCCAUCCUUGCCAGCCUAAGAACGUUUAGGAAUAUGUGGGUUACCAGGGAAGACUAUGACGAGGUUGGACCAACAGUACUCCAGAGAAAAUGCUUUUGA